AUGGAGUAUAUUGAGGGCAUCGAACUCGAGGCAGCUUGGAAAAUGUACGAUGACACUCAGAAGGAGUCCGGGAUCAACCAGCUCCGUCAAUACAUGGAAGAGCUUCGUGAAAUCAAAUCGGACCGCAUUGGCACAAUCGAUGGUUCAUGGUGCGACGAUCACUACUUUGACUACGAUAGAGGCGGUUGCGGGCCUUUCAAUGAUGAAGCAGCAUUCAAUACAGCCAUAGUCAAGGCCCUCACACAUGAGAAUUCGUUUUCACAUGUAGUGAUAACCUGUGAUCUGUGGCUGGAAAUCAUGACGGGCACAAUACUGUCCUCACACACAACGACUUUGCACCGAGAAAUAUCCUCGUCCGGGGGUCGGAAGUAG